GUGUGUAUUUUGCAACUCUUAUUGACAAACAUCGAACGCAAUACAUUUACGGAACCAGAUAUAAAACAGAAAAUCAAAUGAUUUUUAGAUGAUUAUCAUAACUAGAAAAAAAAGUUAUGUUACAAAUAAUGGUCGUUCAAUAAUGCUGAUGGAUAAUAAAUUGAAACGUGCAAAAAUUUCAUUAAUCAUAUUAUCGUUGUUACAAUUGUUGGUCGUAUUCAUCUAUAUAACCAUCAAGGAUAAUCUUAAAAGAUUAUCAUCAUCAUCAUCUAAUCUUAAGGAUGAUAUGUUCAUCUUUAAUCUCAUUACAUAUUUUGGCCUUUCAUUUUCAUUGGCCGGUUUAAUUGUGGCAUUAUUUGAAAAUCAUUGCUUUAUCAGUUGUUUUGCUGUCACUAAUCUUGGACAUUUAAUUGUUGUCAUGACAAAAACAUCACAAUUAAUAUUAUUUACCGGUUAUUUUGCCAUAAAUAUUGCCAUAAUAAUGGUAUCAUUUGUUUAUUGUCAUUUAUUGCGAAUGAAAUUGGUACAAUUACAUCUAAAUCCAACAACAAUGAAUCACGGGACACAAAACAGUGGAUCAAUAUUUAAUGUUCAGGAAAAUAUUUUCCGCCAACCAAUGCCACCAUCGUAUAAAGAGGUUAUUAAACAUCCGGAUAAAUAUCCAUGUUUAUUCGAUACGAUUCAUACACCACCGACAUCAGAACAAUUACAAGAUGAAGCCAAUAAUGCCAAAGUUCCAGAGUAUUCAACCAUUUAUCUUUGAGUGGAUAAAUUUUAUUUAUUCAUGUGUUCAUUUUUUUUCCUUCAUCAUUUUGAAUUUAUAUAUCUCAUUUUACUACACAGAAAAGAAAGUAAAAAGGUUAGUACUAACCUUUUUUGGUUAUUAUACAAAAAAUAACCAUUUAGGGUUAGUACUAACCUUUUUGGGUUAUGA